CUUUAUAUACCUUAGGGGAAGUCAUUGCAAUUUAUCGUUUCUUUUGCCGAUUGGAUUCGUUCUGCCAAUCCUACGGGAAAUACACAGGGGAGAGAGAGAGAGAGAGAAAGAGUGAGUUCCAUACACUCGUCAGAUCUCAUUUUCUGUUCCUGUUGAAGUAAAAGGGGGCAAAUACCAGAAAGCAGCACACAAUUUGCGCAUUUUUUUGCAAUAUUCUGAUUAUAAAGCUUCAAUCUUUGCGCCAAUCCUAGGUUAUUCAUCUCCAUAGAUAAUCAUAUACACCUGCGGAUCAAUUUAGCCCGAAAUCAUUCUAUCGUAUGCUGCAAUAUGCAGUGCUCUCAAAUCUAAUAAAAAAAGAUCGUAACUUUUAUUGAUCAAAGAGAUCCAUCUACCUACGAUAAACUUUCAGAUGGGUGCUUCUCAGUCCGCACAAGUGGUGGAAGAUGAGGAGGAAGAAGAAGACGAAAAUGAGGAGGACGACGAAAAUGGCGAAAAAGAGAGAAGACAAUUUGGAGGAGAUAACAGUUUGGUGAAGAAGGUUCUAGAACAGGAGCCGGAAAUGCUACCCUGCCACGCAUCCGCAUCGCCACUCUCCCCUCAGCUCUCCUCCUUUGGCACGCCGCGUCUUGGUCCUUCCAUCAAGGUGUGGGACCCUUACAAUGUUCUGGCUCCGCCUCCCCCUCCGCCGCCAUUCUCGCGCACUUUCUCGUCCGAUGCGGUCAACGAUGAUCGGAAGACGAAUACAGAGGUGUUCUUGAUCAGCCACGGAGACUGGCACAUGAAUCUAAGGCCGGAUUUGAUAGCUGGUCGGUGUCCCGAGGCUGCACUCACGCCCAACGGGAAGCGGCAAGCUAGAGCUUUGGCUGUCUUCUUGAAAUCGAGCGGGGUUCGGUUUAGUGCUGUUUACACAUCGCCGUUGGAUCGGGCGCGAGCAACUGCUGUUUCAGUUUGUCAGGAGAUGAAACUUGCAGAGGAACAAAUUCAGUCCUCUGAUGCACUUGUGGAUAUGAGUCAGGGACAUUGGGAGGGCUGUCACCAAUCAGAAGUUUACACCCCUGAAAUAAUGAGCUUAAUGGACAGGUUCCAGCCUGAUUUCUCUGCGCCAUCAGGGGAAUCACUGAGGCAGGUGGAAUUCCGAAUGGUCCAGUUCUUAAACGGGACAGUUCUCGGACUGCCUGAAAAAUUCAGAUCAGAUUUCUCCCCACCCUCUCAGAAUGAGAGCCAAGAGUUUUCGCGCCACACUUCUCACACUCCCACAAACUCCAUUCAUGACCGGGAUGGACCUUCUCUCCCUCCACCCCAAUGGGACUUGCUUCACAGGCAGCGGCAAAGUAGUUUCCCAAAGAAGAAGUCCGGUAAGAGCAGGCUACAAAUUGUCACCACAACUGGAGAUCAUGAGGCUGAUGACGAAAUGUCUCCUCGAGAGCCCCCAACCCAAAACUGUCUUAACGAAAUGAAUGUCAGGAGUUCCUCAUCUUGUGUAUCUUCUUCUAUUGGCGUUUUCUCUCACUCGGUGCCAAUCAAAUGUCUUGUAACUGGCCUCCUUGGGUGCAGCCCGGCAAUCUCUCAUAGGAUCUGCAUAGAAGAUUCUUCCGUAACAGUGUUGCAACAUUCUUGGAAGACGGGUUGGCAGAUUAAGAGAUUGAACGAUACUGCACAUCUUAGGCUUCUCUAGUCGGAGCAUUUUGAGAAUCAUUAUCCAAAGGGGAAAAAGACUACUAAUUUUGCAGUGAACUCUGCAAGGGCUGCUUCACACGGUAGGAAUGCUUGUGCUCUUUGUGACCACUUCAGAUUUAUUUCCGGGUGACCACCUCCGCAGAAGAAAAUGAUUCUUCAAAUAUGUCAUCAGAAACAAGGAGAGAGAAUGCAUGACAAUUACUAUAACUAAUCCCAGAGUUUGGAUCUUGGUCCUGGGUGAUUCUUUCAAUUUGUAACCUUAACAAUAAUUUUUGAUUUUGAGUGAGAGACAUAUUUGCUUAUUUCGCAUAUAAGGAAUUUGUUUCGGUCCUCUGGAAGUUUGAUUUCUGCUUAAUACAAUCUUCAAGCGGCUUUUUUGGGCA